CUACAACAAUGGCCGCUGCUACGUGGCGGAAGCUGAAGAAGUCACUUACGCACAAGCUCUCAUUCCGCUCCUCCGAUUCGUCGUCCACCUCGUCGGCGUCGGCGUCUCGGCCGCCUCGUCCUCCUCCUCCCGCCUUAACCUCCUCCGCCACCCUCCGCCCCUCUCCGUCGUCUCGCACCUCCUCCUCCUCCAUCUCCUCCAAGCUUUCCCGCAGCUUCAGCUCUCGCAUCUCCAAGAAAAAUUGCGCCAUUUGCCUGAGUAACCUGAGAGCAGGGCAAGGCCAAGCCAUCUUCACUGCUGAGUGCUCCCACUCUUUCCACUUCGUUUGCAUUGCCAACAAUGUCAAACAUGGAAAUAUUUGCUGCCCCAUCUGCCGUUCCAAGUGGAAUGAUGUGCCUUUCCAAGCUCCCAUCAACGUUGCAAAUACUCAACAAAACCACUUGGGCCACAUCCAUAAUGGUUUUAACCAUCGUUACCAGUCUCACCUCCCAUUGCUGCCCCAGGUCCAUCCAGAGCCACUAAGCUUCUCAGAUGAUGAGCCUCUCCCGUCCACCUCACCUAGUCGAUUCUCUGGCCCCCAAAAUGUUGCAAUCAGGGCUUAUACAGAGUACUCUGCUAUCCCUUUUGCAGAAUCUCGCCCAACAUUUCCUGUUCUUGUCAGCGUUCGAGCACCACCCCUUCAAGGAGGUGCGAACAGCCAUGGCCGUACCCCCAUUGACCUUGUAACAGUUCUGGAUGUAAGUGGCAGCAUGUUUGGCACAAAAAUUGCCCUUCUCAAGCGCGCUGUCAGAUUUGUCAUACAAAACUUGGGGCCUUAUGACCGGCUUGCCAUAGUUUCAUUCUCAACUACUGCUAAAAGGGUCUUUCCUCUCCGAAGAAUGACUGUUGAUGGUCGUGAAAGCGCCUUUCUAGCAGUCGAGUCUCUUAGAGCAAAUGGCGGAACCGACAUUGUUGGAGGACUCAAGAAAGGAGUUCAGGUCCUUGAAGAACGCCGGGCAAGGAAUCCAGUUUCUAGCAUCAUCCUCUUAUCUGAUGGAAGAGACAAUUGCAACUAUGACUCACAGAAUACUUCAAGUCCAAACCGGGUCUCUGAGUUCUUGAACCAAUUGCCAGCUUCGGUACAUUGUAGCAAUGUUCCCAUCCACACAUUUGGGUUUGGCACUGACCAUGAUGCCACUACUAUGCAUGCUAUAUCUGAUUCAUCCAGUGGCACCUUUUCCUUCAUUGAGUCAGUUGCUAUGAUACAAGAUGCCUUUGCCAUGUGCAUUGGUGGUCUUCUCAGUGUUGUGGCUCAGGAACUUCGACUCACAGUUAGGUCAGCAUCGCACGGGGUGCAGAUUGUAUCAAUACCAUCAGGGAGUCAUGUGAGUGAGAUUUCUGACGAGUGUCAACAAGGUGCUGUUGAUGUUGGAAAUAUGUAUGCAGAAGAGGAGAAACAGUUUCUGGUGUACCUUUUAGUUCCAACAUCAUCAGCAACUGGAAACAGGGAAGGCAUAAGGAAGACAUCACUGUUAGAUGUGUCAUGCGUGUACAAGGAUCUAGGGUCAAAUGAGUCAACCCAUGUGCAAGGUGAGAGAGUAGAGAUAUUAAGACCCGAGAUUUGGUCCCCUGCAGAUGAGGCAGUGUGUUUGGAGGUUGACCGUCAGAGGAAUAGAAUUCUGGUAGCUGAAGGUAUUGCAGAGGCACAAGUAAUGGCUGAAAUGGGAAAUCUAGAAGGUGCACAGGCUAUUUUGGCACAACGAAUUGCAACCAUCUUAACAUCACCUGCAGCACAAGCUGGGGAUGGUCUCUGUAAUUGUCUGGAAGCUGAGCUUCGAGAAAUCAGGGAUAGAAUGGCUAGUAUGGAAUCAUACACGCAGACCGGGCGUGCUUAUGUUCUUUCAGGGUUAAGCUCACAUUCAUGGCAGAGAGCCACAACUAGGGGUGACAUGACAACCCAGAUUAUGACCAUGAAUGAAGGUGGAAACUCACGCAGCAGCGCCGUUGGCUAUGAGACACCUACUAUGGUUAACAUGGUAAGGAUGUCGCAGAAUCUUGGGGCUAAUCGCACGGCUUAGCUUCAACAAGUAAUCGAGCCUCAUAGCCCGACUUCAUUUUUCGGUAAGGUGUGAAUACGGAUAUACAGCAUUCAUCCUCAGAUUAAUUCAUACUAGGCUGAUAGUAUUAGUAACUGGUACUUUCAAAAGGAACCUUUUAUAAAUUCUGACAGCAGCAGCAGCAGCAGUCAUCUUCAUGCUUAAUCCUGCUGCUUGUUUUGAUGGAUAUUCGAGUAGUUGAGAUUCUUACGGGAAGUUAAUAUUCGAUAAUUUGUUUCAUCUCUUGUGGUAAGGACCGAGGAUUAUGUUUAUAUCUUUUAUCUUC